AUGCACGCCAUGGAAGUCAUCCAACAGCCAGUUUUGCACGUCGAAGCUCGCGUCAAAGACACGGGAGACGGAAUGAUAGUUCGUACGGAUUUAAUAAGGAACGACAUUACGCAGUGGCUCAUCGAUAACUUUGUAGUCCUUUCACUGGGACAAGAGAUUUAUUCGUUUGACGGUCUCAAGGAACCGUACGCGCAGGUUUUGGAUUCCAUCCUCGUCACGGAGUGCAGUGGAGGAGAGAUCGAAUCAGGGGCCUAUCGUCUUCAGCAUGUCGAGCUUGACGUCCAAGCAUACCAACUCCGCCCACAAUUCGAGCAUGAAAACGCGCAGCAGACCCAGCAACUCGAAGAAUCGGCCGAUGCAAACGACGACGCACCGAAAACGAAGAUACUGGCUUUGCCAAGCAAGGAGCUAGAUGGGCUGUGGGAAUCGCUUCAGUUUGACCAGCCGGUUCAAUCUACUCUUCUCAAUGCCAUAACUCGCAUGGUCUCAUUCUCUACCCGCAAGCCCAAUAAAUGGUCUAUCAACUGGAACAGAUUGGUUCUUCUCUGGGGUCCUCCCGGGACGGGAAAAACAAGCUUGUGGUACGUGGCAGUCACAAUACCCUAUACCAAUGGGUUUAACCAGUUGAGUAGUCGUGGGCUUGCUCAGAAACUUGCGAUACGCCUGGGGAAGCAUUAUCCACAGAGUAAGUUGGUCGAGAUCAAUGCGCACUCACUGGGUAGCAAGUUCUUUGGUGAGAGCGGCAAAUUGGUGGGAAAACUGUUCGAGAACAUUGCAUCGUCGCUCGAAGAGGAAGAAGACACAUUCAUUUGCGUUUUCAUCGAUGAGAUUGAGACCAUUGCUGCUCGACGAGAACGGGCAUUGAGCGGCAAUGAGCCAUUCGAUGCCAUUCGCGCUGUGAACGCCUUGCUGACGGGGUUGGAUAAGCUACGCAACUAUUCUAACGUCGUUACCAUUUGCACAAGCAACUUGGUGACUGCUCUGGACGAAGCCUUUCUCGACCGCGUCGAUAUCAAGCAAUUCAUGCCACACCUAUCCAGCCGAGCCAUCUAUGGAAUAUACAAGGAUUGCCUAGAGGAGCUGAACCGUUGCGGGAUUAUCCAAGGGGUGUCGUUUGAUGUCGUCCAAGCCAACCCAGAGGAUCCGGAAACCGCGCUGCAGUAUGUGGAGGAGUCCAUGCAACAUCUAACGUUACCAACGUUUGAUGAAAUGCUCCUCAACUACCAGAUGUUUGCGGACGCAAUUCCCAAGCGGCUCGCAGAUGCCGCCACUGCCAGUGUACGUGCCUCUUCCUCGACCGCCGGUGCCGAAUCCUCUCCCUUCUACCUCACUCUCACAGCCUCCGUCGCAACCGCCGCCACGAUCGGAUCUGCCGCGUAUCUCUAUGGUCAAGAAGCUUUUGCUAUGACCCCUGCUGAGGAGGGUUUGCACGCUACUCAGUACCCUUGGGAACAUGAGCGCUGGAUGAAGACCUUCGACCACCAGGCUCUCCGCCGUGGUUUCAUGGUCUACCGUGAAGUUUGCUCUAGCUGCCACUCCCUGACCCGUGUGCCUUGGCGUUCAUUCGUCGGUGUUAUGCACACCGUCGACGAGAUGAAGGCUUUCGCCGAAGAGCACGAGUACGACACCGAGCCUAACGACCAGGGUGAGAUCGAGAAGCGCCCUGGAAAGCUGUCCGACUACAUCCCUCCUCCCUACAAGAACGAGGAGGCCGCCCGUGCCACCAACGGUGGUGCCCUGCCCCCGGAUCUCAGUUUGAUCACCAAGGGUCGUCACGGUGGCUGCAACUACAUCUUCAGUCUUCUGACUGGUUACCCCGAUGAACCCCCGGCUGGUGCUUCCGUUCAGGAGGGCAUGAACUUCAACCCCUACUUCCCCGGAACUGCUAUUGGUAUGGCUCGUGUCCUCUUUGACGGCCUUGUUGAGUACGAGGAUGGUACCCCGGCUACCACCUCCCAGAUGGCCAAGGACGUUGUCGAGUUCCUGAACUGGGCUGCUGAGCCCGAGAUGGAUGACCGUAAGAAGAUGGGUAUCAAGUCCAUCACCCUUCUGACCGGUCUCUUCGCUCUGAGCGUGUGGGUCAAGCGCUACAAGUGGGCCCCAGUCAAGACAAGAAAGAUUAUGUACAGCCCCCCUGUUCCCCGUCGCUAA